GUGCUACGCGUCUGUAUCUGCAUUUAAGGUACACUUCCUCUCCCCACCACGUACAUGCACGUACUCAGCACAAAAAACAAGAAUUGCGCGUGAAUACUCGUUAACACCUUAAUAAAAGAACUUGUAGGCAUUUACUGAUACCCAAUACCCUUUCCUUGUAAUACUUUUGUUUCUAAUAAUUGUCGGAUAAAGAAUGACUGAAGUGAACGCGGUCUCCGUGGAUCAAUUGACCACGGACAUGGCUCCUAACGAGGUUUAUGAGCAUCCAGUGGAGAAUCAGCAACAACAGCAAGAGCUGCAGGUUGAAGAGGAGGAAGAAGAGGGCGUCGCAGGACCGAUGCCGCUACAGCUUCUCGUUGGAAACGGAAUUACUACGGGUGACUUGAAGAAAGUUCAUGAAGCAGGAUACUACACUGUUGAAUCGAUUGCGUACACGCCGAAACGUCAACUGUUGAAUAUUAAAGGUAUCUCGGAAGCAAAAGCCGAUAAGCUGUUGUCUGAAGCGAGCAAGUUGGUGCCCAUGGGAUUUACAACAGCUACGGAGUAUCACAUUCGUCGUAGUGAACUGAUCACCAUUACAACGGGUUCCAAACAACUUGAUACACUGCUACAGGGCGGUGUAGAAACAGGUAGUAUCACUGAACUGUUCGGUGAAUUCCGUACCGGUAAAAGUCAAAUCUGUCACACUCUGGCCGUUACUUGCCAGCUUCCCAUUGACAUGGGUGGCGGUGAGGGCAAGUGUCUGUACAUUGACACAGAAGGAACGUUUCGUCCUGUUCGUCUGCUCGCUGUUGCCGAGCGUUAUGGCUUGAACGGCGAAGAAGUGUUGGACAACGUUGCGUAUGCUCGUGCAUACAACGCCGAUCACCAACUUGAGUUGCUUCAACAGGCUGCGAACAUGAUGGCAGAAUCUCGGUUUUCUCUGCUAGUCGUCGACAGUUGUACUGCCUUGUAUCGUACAGACUUCUCAGGAAGAGGCGAACUUUCCGCCCGUCAAAUGCAUCUUGCUCGGUUUAUGCGAACGUUACAACGACUCGCAGAUGAAUUCGGCAUUGCAGUGGUUAUCACAAACCAAGUGGUAGCCCAAGUGGACGGCAUCUCCUUCAAUCCUGAUCCUAAGAAACCCAUUGGUGGUAACAUUCUGGCUCAUUCCAGUACUACUCGUUUGUCACUGCGUAAAGGCAGAGGCGAACAACGUAUUUGCAAGGUUUACGAUAGUCCUUGUCUACCGGAAAGCGAAGCAAUCUUCGCUAUCAAUUCUGAUGGUAUUGGUGAUCCCAAGGAGGUCAUUUCGGCACCCAUUUAAAACAGAGCAUUGUGCUAGCACAACCUGGAAAAAAAAGGAUGUGAGCUGUAAUUAUCGUGUAUCUUUCCUCCCUUUUGUGUCCAUUUCUCAAACUCCCAAAAACAACUUCAGGAAAUUGAUCCGCAUCCCGGUUCCUGUCCUUCAGAAAACGACAUCCCCGCCCUCCUCUCGCUCCUGCAUAUCCUUCUCCGCGCACAUGAACACAAUUUUAAACUCUCAAAAGGUAAUUAGCUUCCAUAAACACCUAUUAGCCAUUCCUUCCAUAACUUGUGUGAAUAUCUAUUUCUUAACUGUAAGCAA